AUGGCCUUGGCAGAUUCCUCUACCCCUCCCACUGCAAGCCGCACGGGAUUUUCAGUCCUCAGUAAGGCUGCCAACAGUGAUGGUGAUGUUAGCGCGCAGCACCUCUUCACGGUAGUCUCUCCCUCCCCUUCGCCGGAGUCGUACUCCAAGAUGAUCCAGUGCACUACGGGGUAUCCCAUGUCCUGCGUACCGUCAUCCCGGCCACACAACGCCAACUCGCGAAGUGGUGGCGGCGGCGAUGUUGGUGGCCGUCUACGCUAUGGAACUGAUCCCAUGCGCCUUCACGGUGUUCUGCAACUUGGCCAUGCUGUUUCUACCGCGGCUGACGUCUCGUCCUUCUCGCGCACGGCACCCCAUGGCAGCGACGGCGGUGCCAGUUCGCACGAGGACUACAUUCCGUGCGAAGAGGGGGCUGGUGAGCCUCCACUCAGCACCACCCCCCUCCACGCGGCGCUACGACGUGCGCCUUCGCCCACAGGAGCAGCCGCGGUCGUCCGGACAGGGACAUCCGCCGCGUCGGUUCUGCUGCGCCACUCGCACGGAGGCAAAACACGUCUGUUGUACGCCGACGGUCACGUCGAGACAGUCGUGGCGGGUAGCGCGACAAAGCCGCCAGCCGUACGUUCCCACGCAUCCAGUGCGACGAGACACCGUCGCUGGGGCGCCGAUAACAAGAGAAGCCUCCCUUCGGCCUCGCAGCUAGGCGCAACCACGAGGGAGAAGGCAGCUGCACCUCCACCCCCUUCGACUAAUCAGCAGUGGCUACUCGAGUCCUUCAACGCUGUGGCGCAGGUGCACCAACUGCCGCCGUUGCCCCUGCUCGAAUCCAUCACCACGUCGCAGUGGAGCGGCGUCACCUCGUCCCCUGGUCACCCUGCGCGCGCGACGGAGAGCAAUGGGACGUGGCCGGUGGAGACGGGGUUGAGCCGACAAGAGACAAAGCUCUCGUGGACACCCAUCGCAGCCGUUGAGCCGCAGCCGCCGAGACGACCACCGCAGCAACAGCAACAGCAGGUUGCCAUGAACGUCACUUUCCCGCUCUUUUCGCAAGAGAAGCCGCCACAACUGCCAGGUGACUUCAGCAACAGCACGAGCAAAGUCGAUUGUCCCAGGGAACCCAACGCGGCUGACGGUGAAGGGGAAAGUAGUGGGCGCACGGCAGCCCAUCGUACUUUGGCAUGGGGACCGUCUGCAAGUUCCACAGUCGCCUCGUCUAACCGUUACGGUACCUCCAACGAAAACACGCUUGCCGACACGGUGUCCACAGUGGUCGCUGGCGCCCCUCUCAGCGCGAGCAGCGUUGGCGAGGUUGCCUGCUGCAGAGCAAUUGUCGACGCGGAGACUGUCAUCGCAGAGAUACAGCGGAGCAUUCGUGCUGAGCUGGCGACCCAGAAGCGCGUCGGUGCACAGACCUUUGCGAGUCGCUACGCUCGCGACAUGUCCGCCUCGCCGUCCCUCUUCUCUCUUCGCUUCCCUUUCCGUCCAUUGUCCGAGCUAUACGCGUUUGUGGAUCGCCCUGACAACGGUGGGACUGCUGCUGCCACGUCGCACUGCGAGCUGAGCUUAGAACAGCCCAGUAUACCAUCCUCGAGGAACCGCCGGGCGGCCAGCAUCACCAGUGAAGUGGAGGAGGCGCCUUCCACCCGUCCUGCAGAAGCGCCACCGCAGCAGCAGACGCCAGACGUACUGCUGCCACACGCACAGAUCACGACGCCGUCUGGUUUCAGUGUACCGGAGCUGCUGCAGGAUCGUUUGCUGCCACGCGAGACGCCAGAGCUACAGCACAAGAUGAGCGAACUUUACGCCGUCCGCGAUCUCAUUGACACGUGUGACUCGACGGUGUGUCGGUUCGCCGUGUCAUUUAUGUGGUUUGUUCUCCUGCGGUGCCGAAAGGCACACCGCGAACAGUCUUUGGUCGAUGGCUUCAGUCGCCUGUCGCGCGCUCUCUCCAACGCCUUUCCGCACGUCUCGCUGGACAAGGCGCUGCCGCCGUUGGAUGUGCUGGAGCAGCUGCUGGUGGAACUCCUGACCUGCUCGCGCCACUCAGCAGCGAUGCAGAAAGCGACGAACACCGCGUCGCUUGCUACCAGGGCACCGAGCGCCGCAACUGCUGCCUGCACCUCACGGUGCGCGCAGGAGUUACAGACACCCGGUCGUUCGUCCAUGCUCAAGAGGACCUCCGAUGGGGCAGCAAGCACAAGUGGGCGGCAGGCAAGCGCGAGCUCAGCAUCGCCGUUAAGGUCUAUGACGCAGAACACAAGCCGCACCCCUAAAGCCGUGAUCAUCGCCACAGCUCCAUCGACAAUGCCGCUGCGGCUUCGGCUGCAAGACCACAACGCUUACUUUCCGCUGCUGUUGAGCCCGGCAUGGUCAAGGCUGCUCAGUAAGAAUGCCACCGAUGACAGUAGCAGUGCCGGUAACCAAAAAUCAUCGCCAAGGCGCCCGCAGCAGCAGCAUGAACCGUACAGUCCGCACCAGCGAGAGGAGAAAGGCGUGCUCCCCUCUGACGAUGCCCUGGUCAUUCUCUCCAAGGUGUAUCAGGAUCUGUGGCUGCAACACAGCGAGUACGUGCAACUGUGCCUGUACGAGGAGCUUCUGUACAAGCAGCUCGCCAUGCAGUUCGGCAGCUUCGCAGUGCAGCUGCACCAGCGGUGCACGAACGCCAAGGCAUCGAUGGCGUCCGCCACCACCGCGUCCUUCUCCGCCACAGUCCGCCAAGCCCUCCAACCUUCGGUGACGUGGCUUUCGCCUGCUGUAGCAGAGCCCACUUCCAAUACGGGCGCUGAUGGCGGGGUUGACCUCCGCUCAACCCGAAGCAGCGUGCCGACGUCGAGGGGCCGCCAUCUGCGGGCGUCGAAGGCCAGAAAUACCACCACUACGAUGGCCACCACUCCCGUCACUGCUGCGGCUGCUGCUACGCCUGUCGUCACGGAUGGCAUUCUUGACAGCCUGCUGCUGCUCGUGGCUCACGCCACCUACUACAACUGUGUCUUCUGCUUUCCGAAUGACGUCUAUGCCGGCCUCUUCGACGAGGAUUUCCGCGCGGAUGUGGUGCGCUGGCUUUUCUUCUGCUCCCACGGCAUUGUCCUGACGCAUGUGCAGGUGCGGCGCUGGCCCAUGCCGGCUAAGGCCGACUACGUGGAGGCUCAGUUGAAACGCAAGGUCGCCGUAGAGCGCGAGCUGUCGGCGCUGGGACUGCUGACGACGUAUGAGCAGCAGCCGAUAGGGACUUGCCACAAAGCUGCCGCCCCAGGUGAGCGAGGAAAGUCAUCGCACACCGUCAGUGCGAAUGCUACGAAGUCCGCCUCGCUCGUUGUGACCGCGGAGGACAGCACCUUCGACGUUGGCGACGUCGCGGCCAACAGUGAGGCCCGGCUAGUCUAUCAACUCAGCCGGUACGACCGCUCCGCUGCACUGCACGUGGCAGAGCUUGAGAGGUGCAUGGCACGCCUCCAACGGCGCCACAUGGCAGGCGGUCUGCACGGCAGCUGCAGCUCGCAGCAUCAGCUGCGCUGCGGUAGUGCCUCUGGUCGGACCCCCCGCAAUAGCACUCAGAGCUCCAUGGGAAGUGUGGCGGCGGCGCCAUCGCUGUACCGCGUGCAUUCGAACCUCAGCGAGAUGGGGGAGUCAGUGGCACCCAGCUCCCACCGCGCGGCCGCACGCACGCAGACGGAGGCCAGGAAGCCGACUCAGCAGAACCACAGCAGCGGUGCUGCUUCACGAGCGAUGUCACUGGCAGUGGAGGCGGGAAGUGUUCCUCGCAUACCCACUGACGAACCUCUCACAAGAGCAGCGGAGUCACUGCCGCUGCUCCCCCCUGUCGACGCGCUCAGCAGCAACAGCAAUCGGAGCGGGUUCAAGCAGAGCGUUGCCACCCGCCAUAGCACUAAACUGCGGCUGCGGCGGUCGCGGUGCACGUCGGCUCUUUUGACAACUUCUGUGGCCCACCGUGAUGGAGAGGAAGAAGCCCGUGCGCAGUACCGAACGAGUGUCGCCGCGGCGGCGGGCCAGGACUUGGUAGCACUGGCUGCGGAACUCAGCACCAACAGCCACAAGGGCAGUACUGCGAGAGCAGCACGGAGGACAAAUUCGGCACAGGCGGACCGCCAAGAGAGCGACCACAGAGCGAGCUUCAAUGGCAGCGCUGCUCCUCGUGCUGGUGCUGCGGCUUUACCACACAACCGCAACGUUGAACGCCUCGCAGCCGGAGGCCGAUCCCACCAGCGGCAGUCCUCUUCCGGCUCUCUCCUGUCUUCAUACCCUCUCUGCAUCAGCCCGGCACCCAUCCGUGAUUACUGGCUGGCCAUGCUACUGCGCGCCCCGCUCUGGUGGACGACGCGGACGGCGAUGGCGACGGCUGCAGCGGUGGCAGACGCAGGAGUUGUAACAUCGCCUACCGCACUGCAGCAACAGAGCUCGCAGCUCGUUCUGUGGUCAUCCGCGCCGAUCAGCGCGGAUGGCGAAGCGGUGCCGCCCCAAGACCUGUGUCGCCUACAGCUCGAACCAUGGCGGGGGCUCUUCGCCAUCAUCGUGGUGCCGCCGAUCAGCAAGGACGCUCAGCAGGCGGCGCAUCACCUCCACGUCUACGGCGAGACACUGGCGCAGCAGCAGGCGCGCCUGUACAGGAUGGCGGAGCUGCAGCGGCUGCACCACCAGCAAAACCGCCAGUGGUGCUCGCAGGAGCACAGCCUGGUGCUGCCUGUUUUGGCCCUCACCCCAGCGUCCAACGUGGCAGAGAUGCCAGCGUCCCCGAUGGGAGUCGCCGUUUCGGUCCCAGAGGCCGUGGAGAAGGAUGAGCCCACCGUCACCGUCAGCGUCACCGCACCGUGUGCAUUGUGCAUCAGCGGAGCAGAGAGGAAUGGCCACAGCGUAGAAGCCGCCAUGGAGGCGCUGCGCAGGAGUACUGCGAUGCUGCCAGUCGUGCCGCUUGGCAUUCCGGAGGACGCAGCAGCGGUGGCAGGGCCGACGACGACAGCUAGGCUGGUGACCGCCAGCACGCUGACUGCCUCGCACCUGCGACGCCAUGGCGUUGGGGAAACUUACCAGGGCCGCACGUCCCCCUUUUUAAAGUUGUACUCGUCCGAUGCCAUCCCGACGUCCGGGCUCAUGUGCAGGAAGGGGGGUGAUCGCGUCCGAUGGCAGGCGCAUCGGCACCAGGCACACCACAGCGUCGCGGCUAGCCGUAAUGGUAGCCCUGAAUCGACGGAGGUAACAGAGCUCACCGUGGCCACCACGCCCUUCGUUUCACCGUUGGGGACUACGACGCAGGACCCCAUUCCGCAGCGACCCACCGGGGCACACUCGCACCGUUACACACCAGCCGACCAGGGCCUUACAGUGCGCAGCACCGCCGUGGCCACGACGCGCACAGCCGUCGUCACGAAGCCAUCGAUGCAAUCGAGUGGGGGGGGGCCAAGCAGCCACGUCCCCAACAGCGGAGGUCACCUUCGCUCACGCGGCGGUGGCGGUAGGAGCAACGGCGACACCAGCGACAAGAGGAGUACGAUGUACCACCAAGGCAACACCUUUGUCAUUACCGCUAUUCCGCGCGAGGAGACAACGCUGCGGCCGCGUCGGCUAGGUCCACUAAAGAAGGAAGCGCUUCAUCGGCGCGCGCAGCUGCUGGCCGACAUGGACACGAUUUGCAAGCGAGACCAGGUGGCUCGACAGCACUACAUCGUCCAGCACCUACACCUGUCCAAUGCUAUGACCUACACGCAGUCAGAGGCUAUGAUGCGGCGCUAUCGCGCACAAAGCCGCCUAGCGCUAGAGCGGCUGAUCUGCGACGAGGUCUGCGACGCGGCAGCGACCCAUGCGGUGGCGGAGAGGACGAAGGAAUUCAGACUCUAG